CCAGAGACAUAAGAAUCACACAGGCCUGCAGCAGCGGCGCCCGGCAGGGAACCCGCCGCGUGUCAGGCUUGGCCGCCUGACCGCCCUGCAGCCUCCCCCAGCGCACAGGCCUCCAGCUGCACACCAGGCCCUGCCAUCACCUGGCCAUGCCCUCCUCAGUCCUGCCUUCACCUGUCCUGUCCUCACCCAGCCAUGUCUCCUGGCCUGACCCUACCCUCGCCCAGCCCUGUCCUCCUCACCUGCCCUGUUCCUCACCCAGCCCUGAUCCCCUACUGGCCCAGCUUUUGCCAGGCCUUGUCCUGCUACCUGGCCCUACCCUCACCUGACCCUGUCUACCUUGGCGCUGUCCUCCUCACCUGCCAUGUGCUCCUUGGCCAGGUGUCCACCCUGCAGGUCUUCCCUCCAUUAGUCUCCCUGUUGUCUACAGGAGGUGACCUGGGCCUGUGUGGUGACUUCCAGGGGGUCAUCUGAUGCCAUCUCCAGGUAGCAACAGCCAGAUCUGAAUGUCAUCACAGAACACUAAUUGGGCAGGUGGCACAGAUUCCACCCCAGGGGAAACUAUGCUCCCCUGGAGGUGGGCAUCCCAGACCAUCCCCCUCCCUGUGAUGUGUGGCACUAGGCUCUGGACAAAGAGCUGGACCACAAAUGAGAGAAAGGAGACAACAGAGAGAGAGACCUUACACAGAUGGCAAGGGAUUGCAGAGGGAGGGCACAAGAGUGAAAGAAGAAGCCAUAAAGCAGCAGAGAGAAGCAGAUGGAGAAAUCUAGAAUCGCAAACUCCAGAGAGGCGAAGGACAGCCACACAGGGAUAUGGACAGAACAGGGGAGAGACCUCAAGCUAUCUAGAGAGAUGAAGGACAUAGGGAAAGAGACAGAAUCGGGGAGGGACCACAGGCAGAGCGUGGGAGCAGAGGACACAUUAUCUGCAGGCAUGGCAGAAGGCAGCUGUGGUGCUGGGAUAAGAAGAGGGGUAACAGGUGACAAGGGGAGCCCAGAGGAGCACCUUAGAGAGGAGGCCUCGGAAUGUGGGCAUCCAGAGCAUGGGAUGAGGGGGCUGCAGCAGGCAGGGCAGAUGGAGAGUGUGGAUGGGGAAGAAAGAGGCGGAAAUCUGUGGAGACUGGGGACAAAGACUGGGGAGAAAGACUGACUGGAGGUGAAGGGAGUUGCAGGAAUGUGGAAGAUCAGAUGGAGGGAAGGAAUAGAGGGAAGAAGGGGAGAAACCAGGAGAGGAGAGGGAAGCAAAGUGGGCAGGACGCCCUCCAGGGUGGGUGCUAAAGGAGCACAGUAGAGGUGAGGAAAGAAAUUGCAAAACUACUGCCCAGGAGGCUUGUGUAUUUUAAAAUUCUAGAGGUAACAGGAUAGCUCCCUUAUCCAGCCUGAAGGCAGUGACUGAACUCAUUGUGUCCAGGGUCCCCCUCCUUCCUCUCCUGAUUUGUGGUGUCAUGUAGGGAGUGUAGGAGAUAGAAAGGACAAUUAAAGUGUUUUUGCUUUUGUCAUGCUGAAUGCAACAGUGACCACUCAGCAGAGAGUUUUUCACCUCUGGUCAUGUAAAUGUGUGGCGAUUUCUCCCCACCAACAAAGGGUGUCUGUGCCACCUGCCCAAUUAGUGUUCUGUAAUGACAUUCAGAUCUGGCUGCUGCUACCUGGAGAUAGCAUCAGAUGACACAGAGCUUUCUCCUACAGCACUGCCCCACAUGGUGUGCCAGUCACCUUGAGAAGUUGGGACCCCCUGCUCACCAGCUUGAGGAUAACAUGGAUUGACUUGUAAAGACUCAUGUUACCUGAGGAAACAACCCUGAAGAGGAGGAGGAAAGAAAAGGAGUCAGGAAUGGCUGUCAGUGAGGUACAGUGAUGCUCUCAGGUGUCCUGAGUCCCCUGUGCAGUGCUGAGCCUGGGAGCUGCUGGCCUCAUGUGACUCUGUGGCCUCCUGCCUGUCAGGAUCCACUGACAUUCAGAGAUGUGGCCAUUGAAUUCUCCCAGGAGGAGUGGAAGUGCCUGGUUCCUGCUCAGAGGGCUUUGUACAGGGACGUGAUGCUGGAGACCUACAGGAACCUGGUCUCCCUGGCAGGAACGUGUCCUUCAGACCUGAGUGUCCUCUCCUGGUUGGAGCAAGGGAGGGAGCUCUGGACUGUGAAUGGCCCAGAAGAAAUAUCCAGGCCUGCAAAUGAGUGGGCAUGUGUGGAGGGUGUGAAAGCAGACAUCACUCCUAAAUGGGUCAUCAAGAAACUUCCAUCGAAAACGAACAGCAGUACGGGAGAAAUAGUCCACAUGGUGACAUUGCAAACAUGUGAUGACCUUGCCAUUGAAGGAUCAUGCUUCGAUGACACCCGGAAGAGUACAUGGGACUUAUGUUGUUGGAGCAAUGUAGGAAGACAUCACACAGGAUUUUCUAUGACUCAAGAGGAAAGUCCCCCUGGUUGCAGAGGUGAACGUGGAGGCAGGGAUGCAGGGAAGGUGCUCAUCAACAGUUGGCUUGGAUUCAGCUUUCAGUCACAUCUGCCUGAACCACAGUCCUUUCAAGAUGAAGGGAACCUUCAUAAAUGGAUCGAUAGUGAGCAGGCUCUCGACAAUGGUUCCUUGCUUCCAGCCCACCAAAGAAUUCCUUCUAGUGUCAAAGCAAACAUUUCUCAUAAAUAUGAACAUGAUUUUAUAGAUUCUUGUUUGUUUAUACAAGAACCAAAAACAGACAUUCCUCCAGCAGCUCACAAAUUUAAUGAGUUUGGAAAAUCCUUUAAUCAAGAGUCACAAUGUACUAUACAUCAGAUACUCCGUACUAGAGAGAAGCAAUUUAUGUGUGAUAUAUGUGGCAAGGUCUUCACUCAAAAAUCAAAACUUACCCGUCAUCAUAGAAUUCAUACUGGAGAGAAACCUUUCAAGUGUAAUGAGUGUGGGAAGGUCUUCAAUCACAGUUCACACCUUGCACAACAUCGGAGAAUCCACACUGGAGAGAAACCUUUCAGAUGUGAUGACUGUGGCAAAGUCUUCAGUCAGAAGUCCUACCUGGCAAACCACCGGAGAAUUCACUCUGGGGAGAGACCUUACAAGUGUGAUGCAUGUGGCAAGGUCUUCAAUCAGAUUUCACACCUGGCAAGUCAUCGUAGAAUCCACACUGGAGAGAAACCUUACAAAUGUGAUGAAUGUGGAAAGGUCUUCCACCAAAUUUCACACCUUGCACAACAUCGAACCAUUCACACAGGAGAGAAACCUUUCAAAUGUAAUGAGUGUGGCAAGGUCUUCAGUCGCAACUCAUACCUCGUUCACCAUCUGAUAAUCCACACUGGGGAAAAACCGUACAAAUGCAAUGAGUGUGGCAAGGUCUUCAAUCAAAAAUCGAUCCUUACAAGUCACCGAAGAAUUCAUACUGGAGAGAAACCAUACAAAUGUGAUGAAUGUGGGAAGGUCUUUAAUCAAAUUUCACACCUUGCAGAACAUCGAAGAAUUCACACUGGAGAGAAACCUUACAAAUGCAAUGAGUGUGGCAGUGUUUUCAGUCAGAAGUCAUCCCUUGCAAAUCAUCAGAGAAUCCACACAGGGGAGAAACCUUUUAAAUGCAAUGAGUGUGGCAAGGGCUUCAGCCGUAACUCAUACCUAGCAGAACAUCUGAUAAUCCAUACUGGAGAGAAGCCGUGCAAAUGCAAUGAAUGUGGCAAAGUCUUCAGUCAAAUAUCACAUCUUACAUGUCAUCGCAGAAUCCAUACGGGAGAGAAACCUUACAAAUGUAAUGACUGUGGCAAGGUCUUCAGUCUGAAUUCAUCCCUAGCCCAUCACCGCAGGAUCCAUACUGGGGAGAAACCUUACAAAUGUAAUGACUGUGGCAAGAUGUUCACUCAAAAUUGACAUCUUGCAUGUCAUCGCAGAAUUCAUACUGGAGAGAAACCUUACAAAUGCAAUGACUGUGGCAAGGUCUUCAGUCAAAAUUCACAUCUUGCAUGUCAUCGCAGAAUCCACACUGGGGAGAAACCUUACAAAUGUAAUGACUGUGGCAAGGUCUUCAGUGUGAACUCAUCCCUAGCCCAUCACCGCAGGAUCCAUAGUGUAGAGAAGCCUUAGUAAUCAGUGUGUGCAGGGUCGGGGGUCACAUUGUAAUCCCGGCUAUUUUGCAAAAAUCAGGAGGAUGGCACGUGCAAAUUCUGCUUGGACAUAAUUGUGAGAUGCUUACAAAAUGAAAUAAAGGGCUGGGGAUGUAGAUCAGUGGGAAAAUGAUGGUAGAGCAUGUUUCAGUCCCUGGGUUCAAUUCCCAUACCCCCAAAGAGGAAAAGAAAUGCAAUGAUGUGUUGGGGACUUCAGUCACAUUGGCACAUCACAUGCCAAGCAUUUAUGGUGGAGAGAAACCCUAUGAAUAUGAUGAAUGUGGCAAAGCCUGUAGGGUGCAUCUGGCCUGGCCGAUCAUGUGAUCCACACCAAGAGGGCAUGUCAAGGUUUUCACUGACAUUUCCUAUCACUCAGAUUGUCAAGAUCUCAUCCUAGGAAAAAAACCACAAAUGAAUUAAGCACAGUCUUUGUCAGAAUACAAGUCAUGUAAUACCACUUUAUUUCCUAGUGGAGAAAUUAUCUUCUAUGUGUAAUGACUAUCUGAACCUUUAGGCCUCAUUUAAAGCUUGGAAACUUUCAGUCAGUCUGUGAUGGAGAGGAACCUCAUCCAUAAUUUGCUAUAAACAGUCCUUAAUGUAAAAGUCUGUCAUCAGGAUUCCUGCUGGAAAAAAACUUCACAAAUGUACCAAGGUGGCAAAUCAUUAGUAUGCACUCAGCCCUCUGUACACAUCAGGUAAGGCACAAAAGCAUGACUUUGGCCAAGCCUGUCUUCAAUGCUCAUGUCCCAGUGGACAUCAGUUGAUCCACGCUGGAGAGAAACCAUGGAAAUGUCUGCAGGUGCCAAGCUCUUCUGGCACAGUUCACAGCUUGCACAACCUGGGAGAAGACGUCCUAGAGGUAGAGCUUGAAUGCAGUGAGUGUGGCACCCCCUGCAGUAUGAGUUCAAGCAGUGGUCAGAGUCCAUACUAAAGAGCAACAUCCGUCACAAUCACAGCACAUAGGACAGACUUCCAUGCCUCAGAACCAGUGGGCAUCAAAGAGACACCUUUGAGGAAGCUGUGACAAAACACCAGAGAACAAGGAGUGUUGAGAGCCACAGCCGAAGGGGCCCCAGCAAACUUCCAGCUGCCGGCUGAUGAUUGGCUCACAGCGGCCCCAGCAACAUCUAGCUGAUUGGCUCCUCUGCAGUGAUGCUCAUUGGGCUGUUUCCCUGCCCUUUCAGACCACGGAGCUGCUCAUUGGGGGACUUUUUUGGCUCCGCCCACAUGACCCAGCCAAUCGGCCUCAAGAGCAGGAGGAUUGUGGGAGGUGGGGAGAAGCUUGUGUGGGAGAGAGAGGCUUGUGGAAAGCCGGUGGUGGCAGUUGAGGCUCUGAGGAUUUUUCCUGAGAGGCUGUUUUGUUUGGCGUGUGUGGUUCUAAAAAUAAAGUUAGUUUCUUUUGACAAGUGGCUCCUGAUUGUGCCCAGCCAGACUGCGGCAAAGGAGGAAUGAUUUAAUUUGUGCCCAAAUUAAUCAUGUGCCCCAGAGAGCAACCAUCCAAGUGUAAGGAAUGUACUGUUUCUUUUUCAAACAUUUGCGAUUUUCUUGUCCUGAGAGGAUUUAUUCUGGCAAAAUCAGACAGACAUGAUGUACGUGUCGUUUUCACUGUGCACAGGACACCCAAUGUUCUCCCCUUCAUUUGUUCCCAUGCAGAAAUACCUCAUGUUUUUCUUUGUAAAGUGAUUGUUCAUGUUCACAUAUAUUUUCUUUCUACACUUAUUAGAAGCACAAUCCCUUGGAGAAAUGCUGUGUUCCCAUCUCUGUAGUCUGACUAGGAUACUUACUGUGUAUAAUGAAAGUACAAAAUGUAGUUCAGACUGACAUUCUGCCCUCACUGUUAUGGAACAUGCACUGUAUUAUUUCUUCUGUGCUAAUGAGGAAAGGAACAUGAUUGUUGGUAAUAAUAAAAAAGAGACUAAAUUUUA